AUGUGUUCUCCAUGCCAAAGCACCCAAGCCGCCAGCCUUCAGGCUCGUUGCAGCGAUGGGGACGCCUCAGUUCGUCGUGUGGCGUGCACCAGCGUGGCGCAGGUGGCCAGCAAGUCACAGGCUUUCCGAGCCCGCUCCGCCCUCCUUGCGCGCUGCGAGGACAAAGACGGGGGCGUUCGGCGCAGCGCGGUGAAGGCCUUGGAGAAGGUUGCCGAGAAAGAUGACUCACAGGUGUUGUCGGCCUUGCUGGCGCGGAGCAGCGAUAGUGAGGCCUUUGUGCGCUUCAGCGUUGUCGAGGCACUCAGCAACGUGUCGGCUGAGGGAAACGGGCAGGUGGUGGAUCGGUUGCUGGAGCUUGUGUCUGAUCGGGAUUCGCGAGUGAGAUGUUGCAGCUGCGAAAGCCUGGGGCGCUUGGCGGUGCGCGGAGAGAGUCGCGUCUUGACAGCGCUCUUGGGCUGCCUGGAGGAUGAAGCUGAUGCGGUGCGAAAAGCGGCAGCCACAAGUCUGGGGCAGGUGACCUUUGCCCCAUUGCAGGAGUUGGAACUCCAGGAGCGACACAUCGCUGAACUGGAGUUCCGGGAGCAACAUGAGGUGUCGACCCGAGAUCGAACCAUCGCUGAUCUCAAGGGGAAAUACGAAAAGGAGACUGCAGAACUCAGGGCCAGGGUCUAUGCGCUGGAGGAUCGCUUGAAACUGGAGGUGGAGAAACGCGAUGCGGAAAUUGCUCAGCUGAUUCAUCAAAUGGAAGAGCAGGAAUGGAUUGCGGGUGUUGGAUCUGUCAUUCCACAUGCAGGCGAGAUCUCGAAGUUCAUUGCCAAACUGCCGGAGCUGGCGGGUGCCGAACACUACGGCAAGCAGAUCACGGCACCCAUUUGGGCUCUGAGGUCCAUGAGGAUCCAGGAGACGGUGGACACGGCUUCCACCGAGAACUCCAUGGAGGCGAAGGAGAAACGUUCCAUGCUUUCACUCUUCGACCUUUUUGAGCGGGUGAGCUCCGGGAGCACAUCGCCCUGGGAGCUCACCGAAGCGUCGCCGUUGGAUGUCUUCGUCCAUCGUCUUGAGGACGGCACGUGGGGCUUGUUUUGCAGUAGCCAUCAACGGCUUUUGGCGUUCAUGAUGCGACAGGCCUGCAACCGGAACGAGCUCAUGCGCGUCCGAUGCGUGCUCCGGUCCAAGGAAGACCUGGGCUACUGGUCUUGGCACUGGAAUUGCUUCUACGAUGGCUCCGAUGGGCGCACCAUGAGCCCAAAGGUCACGUCUCCGCAGUCCAGUCCAUCUAGGAGAAAGAUGGGUUUCUCUUCGAGCAGUCCAAGACUUGCUGGUGGAAGUCCCUCAACUCCGACGGGAGUCACACGGAACGUACGCACCUCGCGUCCAAGCCCAGGGGAGAUCCAAAGUACUGCAGCCUUAGCUGCGGCGACCUCUGCACUGGGUGCACAAGCGUGUGUGAGAAGUCCGAGGGCCUUUGGCCAAGCCAAAUCCUCGGCAUCUCCCAGCAUCCGGAGGUCAAAGUCAUCGUCCACAACUCCGUCGUCUCCCAGGCAAAUUCCGCCGAAAUGA